UUCCUCUCCCCUGGGCGCUGGCGCUAGUGCAUUCUCGAAGUACCGAAGUCAAUCGGCGGCGGUGCGGCGCCUGCACGUCGACGGCUGCCUUCUCAAGCGCGGAGCCUGCACAUCGGCGGCUGACCUGCCCUCUUACGCCCCACCUUCCUAGCUUCUUUUGCCCCGCGACGCCGGAGAACGCCGGCGGCUGCCUCUCUUGCUCCCGCACGCCGCACGCCGCACGCCGCACCAGCCUAAGCUCUGCCGGCUGACUGAGGUGAGCUGGACAGGGAUUAAUUGCUUCUUCGGGCUUUUGCGGACACCCAUCCGGAGGCCUGCAAUUGAAAGAGAAGCCUUUGCUUCCCCUUCCCUCCUCGGCAUCACUCGCAAACCUAGCUACUUGCCGCCGCCGAGGACGAGAUGGCGCCACUCGCACCCAAGCGCCGCAAGGCGGUACCUUCCCCUCCCCUUUCGCAGGCUUCUUCCGACUCCGGCAGCGACUCCGAUCUCAACCUCCACGACAACUCCGACCCAGAGGACGGCUUCUUCUCCUCAAGGAGCGCUGCCAAUGACGACGACCAAGAUUUCUCCGCCAGCGACGAGGGGGGCGACCACGAGGAGGAGAGCGACCAUGAGGAUGAUGAUGAUGGUGAGAUGGGGGAGCUCGAGCAGGAGUAUCGCGCCCUCCAGGCCAAUCAACAAAGCAUUAUUCAGACCUUGAAACAGCACAGGGAUGGCGAUGUCUCAAGAGGCCAGGCAGUCAAAAACCAAAAGGCGCUAUGGGAUAAGACCCUGGAAAUGAGAUUCUUGCUGCAAAAGGCAUUUACAACUUCAAACAAGCUUCCCAAGGAUCCCACCAAGUCAAGGUUCUGUGGUCAUGAACAGGAGAUAGAGCAAGCAUAUGUUGAUCUGUUGGACUCAUCGAAACAGACACUUGGCUCCAUGCUUGAGCUGCAGGAGGCUUUACUAGAGCGGAACCAGGUCGCAAAGGGUGUGAAAGAUACUGUGCCUAACUCAACUGGAGAGAAUGACGAUUGGUUGCAAAUGCAGAAAAUGCAGACAAGAAUAACCCUGUUCAGAAAUACCGAGAUAGAUAAAUGGCAGAGGAAAACACAGGUCACAACUGGCGCUGCUGCACUGAAAGGAAAGUUGCACGCAUUUAACCAGAACAUAAGUGACCAAGUUGCUGGUUAUAUGAGGGAUCCAAGCAGGAUGAUUAACAGGAUGUACCUGCGGAAAUCUGAUGUUGGUGUAUUUGGGGAGAGUGCAGUACAGCCUGCUACUGCUGUGGAGGGGAAGGAUGUGGAAGGUGAUCCUGAACUCAUCGAUGAUUCUGAAUUUUAUCAUCAACUUCUCAAGGAGUUCCUCGAGUCAUGUGAUACGGGGGCAUCCGAAUCCGCAUUUUACGCUCUGAGGAAGAAGCAGCACAAGAAGAGAAAACUUGUUGACCGCCGUGCUUCAAAGAGUAGAAAGAUUAGGUACAGUGUCCAUGAAAAGAUUGCUAAUUUCAUGGCCCCGGUACCUAUGACAAUUCCUCCGAUGGCUUCAAAAUUGUUUGAGAAUUUAUUUGGAAUGGGCAACCAAAAGACCACUGCAGUCUGAUUUAAGAGAUGAUUCUUUUUUUUUUUUUUUUGCGACGGAUUUAAGAGACGAUUCAAAAUUUUGACAUGAGAAGAAGGUUUAGCUGUUCCUUCUUACAUGCUACUCCCUCUGUCCCAUAAUAAAAAACGCUCUUAUAUUAUGGGACGGAGGGAGUAGUUUUGAACUGUAAUAUGCAAUGGCCCUUCUGGUAGAAGAGCAGUGAAGCAAAAUUGUUGAA